CAGGGGCGAUGUGGUACUGACCCGGUAAGUUUACACGGAGAAGAGCGUGUAGCUGUCUGAGCCGCUGCCUGACUACAAUGUGAGCACUGCUUUAAACCGAAUAAAAACAGCCGCUUCGUUUUAGGAAACAGUUGAACACGAUCAAAAUGGCCUAUUUAACGAAGAACCCCGCUGAUGAAACUAGGUUCCUGUGUAUAUAUCCAGCUUACAUCAACAGUAAAAAGACAUUAGCAGAGGGUCGAAGAAUACCAAUUGAGAAAGCUGUGGAGAACCCGUCCUGUGCUGAAAUAAGGGAUGUUCUUACUGCUGCAGGAAUGAAUGUCAAUGUUGAGAACAAGAUGUAUCCAAGGGAAUGGAAUAGAGAGUUCAGAGGAAGAGUGAGGGUUCAGAUCAAACAGGAAGAUGACACUUUGUGCCAGGAGAAGUUUGCCUCAAGGAAAGAUGUUAUGUUUUAUGUUGCUGAGAUGAUCCCAAAGUUGAAGACUAGAACACAGAAAAGUGGUGGAGGGGAUUCAGGAGCUCAACAAGGAGAAGGAGGAAAGAAGGGAAAGAAGAAGAAGAAGUAACUGCCUCUCCUGCAAAUGAAGGAAGAUUACAUUUUUGGUCAGCUGAUCAGUACAGAAACAAGCAAUGACUGGUGUUACUUCAUGAAUUCAGUUUGUGAAAAACUAUUUUUAUUAUUAUUAUUUUUUAAUCUAUUAUUUGGUUAAGGCAGUGACACUUGUUUUGAUAUGUGAACUUAUCUGAUCAUGUGGAACAUUCACUGUUUAUGGUAAAGAUGAUUUUUACAGUGAUUUAUGUACAUACAUUUAGAACAUUUUUCCCCACCCAAAAUAAAAAAUACAGUUGUCUCUUGA